GUUUCUAUCAGAUAAAAAUAAGCUACGAAAUUUCCUGAUAACACAUGGGUCGUUUCCUUCUUAUUGUUACAUUGUCUUUCUUCUCUUUGAGAUUAUGUUUGGCUGGGGAUGUUGUCUCGUUCUCUACCGAGCUCAAGGACUCGGAAACGCUCGUCUCCGAUCGCAGCACUUUCAGGUUUGGUUUUUUCAGUCCAGUUAACUCCACGAGUCGCUACGUAGGGAUAUGGUUCAAUAAAAUUUCUGCAGCGGCUUCCAUAGUUUGGGUAGCAAACAGAGACAGCCCGAUCAAUGACUCUUCUGGAGUGAUUGUGAUAGCCAAAGACGGGAAUCUCGUGAUUAAGGACGGUCGCGGACAUGUUCACUGGUCCACGAAUGUCUCACAACCAGUAGCUGCUAACACCACAUAUGCAAGGCUUCUGAAUACAGGGAACCUCGUACUGCAAGGAAUUUCAAACAGUGGGGAUAAGAUUCUGUGGGAGAGUUUCGAGCAUCCUCAAAAUGCAUUCAUGCCAACAAUGAUACUUUCUACUGAUGCAAGAACGGGAAGGAGCCUUAAGCUUAGAUCGUGGAAUAACCGUUCUGAUCCUUCGCCUGGACGCUACUCUGCUGGUAUGAUUUCUCUACCAUUUCCGGAGCUUGCCAUCUGGAAAGAUGAUCUUAUGGUGUGGCGUAGCGGCCCGUGGAAUGGUCAAUACUUUAUUGGACUACCAGAAUUGGAUUUCGGUGUCAGUCUUUACGAGUUUACCCUAGCUAAUGACAACCGAGGAUCCGUCUCCAUGUCAUAUACUAAUCAUGACUCGCUGUAUCAUUUUUUCUUGGACUCCGACGGGUAUGCAGUGGAGAAAUACUGGAGCGAAGUUAAGCAAGAAUGGAGGACCGGGAUACUAUUUCCAUCAAAUUGUGAUAUAUAUGGUAAAUGUGGCCAAUUCGCCAGUUGCCAAUCCCGGUUAGAUCCACCUUGCAAGUGCAUUAGAGGGUUUGAACCGCGGAGUUAUGCAGAGUGGAACAGAGGAAACUGGACUCAGGGAUGCGUAAGAAAGAGGCCGUUGCAGUGUGAGAAACGAGACAGUAAUGGAAGUAGAGAGGGUGAUGGGUUUUUGAGAUUGAAAAAGAUGAAAGUGCCCAACAAUCCACAGCGAUCUGAAGUCAGCGAACAAGAAUGUCCUGGGAGCUGUCUGAAAAACUGUUCUUGUACGGCUUACUUUUAUGGCCAAGGAAUGGGUUGUCUUCUUUGGAGUGGAAACUUGAUCGAUAUGCAGGAGUAUGUGGGCUCUGGUGUUCCUCUUUACAUCCGGCUGGCAGGUUCAGAGCUCAAAUCCUCAAGCAAUCGAUCACUUGUGAUCGCAAUCACGUUGGUAGGGUUCACAUAUUUUGUCGCUGUGAUUGUUCUCUUAGCACUGCGAAAGUUGGCAAAGCAUAGAGAGAAAAACAGAAACACAAGGGUACUGUUUGAAAGGAUGGAAGCUUUAAAUAAUAACGAGUCUGGAGCAAUACGUGUGAAUCAAAACAAGCUUAAAGAGCUACCAUUGUUCGAGUAUCAAAUGUUAGCUGCAGCAACUGAAAAUUUCGCUAUCACAAACAAGCUCGGGGAAGGAGGCUUUGGUUCCGUUUACAAGGCAUGGAAACUAUGGAACGAUGGGGAACUUAUCGCUCUUGUGGAUCCAGUCAACCUUGACGAGUGUUUUGAAAAUGAAAUACGCAGAUGCGUGCACAUAGGACUGUUGUGUGUACAAGAUCAUGCAAAUGAUAGACCGAGCGUGUCAACCGUGAUUUGGAUGCUUAACAGUGAAAACUCAAACCUUCCCGAGCCAAAGCAACCCGCAUUUAUAGCUAGAAGGGGCUCUCCAGACGCUGAAUCACAAAGUGACCAAAGAGCAUCCAUCAACAACGCGAGCUUCACAGAAAUCACAGGACGCAUCACUAACUUUUUCACCACAUUGUCCCUAUUCUCAAGCAGCGAACUCUCUUCCUGUGAUCAACGUUCACUAUCUAUUCCCAACUUUGAAGAGUCUCGACAUGGCUUCAAAACGGCUUCCAAUUUCGAUUCCACCUUUGCAAAAUGUGAAGUUGGCUCUGAUAGUGACUCCUUGCAUGUCACACAUGCUCGUAACUCGGACUCUGAGACUGUCGUCUCCAACCACAGUACCUUCAGGUUUGGUUUCUUCAGCCCGGUUAACUCCACAGGACGUUAUGCGGGGAUAUGGUUCGAUAACAUUCCUGUUCAAACUGUGGUUUGGGUAGCAAACAGGAACAGCCCGAUCAAUGACUCUUCCGGAAUGGUUGUCAUAUCCAAGGAAGGGAAUCUUGUGGUUAUGGAUGGUCGCGGACAGGUUCACUGGUCCACCAAUGUCUCGGUGCCGGUGACUGCUAACACCACCUAUGCUCGGUUGCUGAAUACAGGGAACCUUGUGCUGCUAGGAACUACUAACACUGGGGAUGAGAUUCUUUGGGAUAGCUUUGAGCAUCCUCAAAACAUUUAUUUGCCAACAAUGAGACUUGCUACUGACGCGAAAACAGGGAGGAGCCUUAAGCUAAGAUCUUGGAAAAGCCCGUCUGAUCCAUCGCCUGGACGAUACUCUGCAGGUUUGAUUCCUCUGCCAUUUCCAGAACUUGUUGUCUGGAAAGAUGAUCUUCUGAUGUGGCGUAGCGGUCCGUGGAAUGGUCAAUACUUCAUUGGGUUACCAAAUAUGGAUUACCGUAUCAAUCUUUUCGAGUUAACCCUUAGUAGUGACAAUCGAGGAUCUGUCUCCAUGUCCUAUGCUGGAAAUACAUUGCUGUAUCAUUUUCUCUUGGACUCCGAAGGAAGCGUGUUUCAGAGAGAUUGGAACUUGGCUAUGCAAGAAUGGAAGACCUGGUUAAAGGUCCCAUCGACAAAGUGUGAUACAUACGCCACAUGUGGCCAAUUCGCUAGUUGCAAAUUCAACUACGGGUCAACUCCGCCUUGCAUGUGCAUUAGAGGGUUCAAGCCACAGAGUUACGCGGAGUGGAAGAACGGAAACUGGACUCAGGGAUGCGUAAGAAAGGCGCCAUUGCAGUGCGAAAGACGAGACAACAACGAUGGAAGUAGAAAAAGUGAUAGAUUUGUGAGAGUGCAAAAGAUGAAAGUGCCCCACAAUCCACAACGAUCUGGAUCAAAUGAACAAGACUGUCCUGGGAGCUGUCUGAAGAACUGUUCUUGUACGGCUUACUCAUUCGACAGAGGGAUUGGCUGUCUUCUUUGGAGCGGAAACUUGAUGGAUAUGCAGGAGUUUUCGGGCACCGGUGCGGUUUUUUACAUUCGUCUCGCAGAUUCAGAGUUCAAAACUCCGACCAAUCGAUCAAUUGUGAUCACAGUAACUUUGCUAGUAGGCGCUUUUUUGUUCGCAGUGACUGUUGUCUUAGCACUGUGGAAGAUUGCUAAGCAUAGAGAGAAGAACAGAAUCACAAGGCUACAGAAUGAGAGAAUGGAAGCUUUAUGUAGUAGUGACGUUGGUGCAAUCCUUGUGAAUCAAUACAAGCUUAAAGAGCUACCACUGUUCGAGUUCCAAGUGAUUUUCCAGGGGAAUGAGGAUGAAGCAAACACCCUAAGAGUGGCUGGAACAUACGGUUAUAUGGCACCUGAAUACGCAAUGGGAGGGUUGUUCUCAGAGAAAUCUGAUGUUUUCAGCUUAGGAGUCAUACUCUUAGAGAUUGUGAGUGGAAGAAGAAACUCAAGCUUUUACAAUAAUGAGCAGAAUCCAAAUCUUUCAGCUUAUGCAUGGAAACUCUGGAACGACGGGGAAGAUAUUGCUCUCGUGGAUCCGGUAAUCUUUGAAGAGUGUUUUGAAAAUGAGAUACGCAGAUGUGUGCACAUAGGACUCUUGUGUGUACAAGAUCACGCAAAUGAUAGACCGAGCGUUGCAACGGUGAUUUGGAUGCUAAGUAGCGAGAACUCAAACCUUCCAGAGCCGAAGCAACCCGCAUUUAUACCUAGAAGGGGCACUUCAGAAGUUGAAUCCUCAGGGCAAAGUGACCCAAGAGCAUCAAUGAACAAUUCCUUGAGAGAUGGUGAUGUCAUACUCUCUGUAGGGAAGAGAUUCGCAUUUGGAUUCUUCAGUCUUGGGGAUUCGAAGCUCCGGUAUGUCGGGAUUUGGUAUGCUCAAAUCACUCAACAGACUAUUGUAUGGGUUGCAAACAGAGACCAUCCUCUUAAUGACACCUCUGGUCUGAUAAAGUUCAGUAACAGAGGCAAUCUCUGUGUGUAUGCAUCUGACAAUGGAACAGAGCCUAUCUGGUCAACUAAUGUUUCAGAUAGUAUCUUGGAAACAACUUUAGUUGCUAGACUCUCUGAUUUAGGCAACCUUGCUCUGCUUGAGCCAGUCACAGGGAGAAGUUUCUGGGAGAGCUUUGAUCAUCCUACAGACACUUUUCUUCCGUUUAUGAGGAUGGGUUUCACACGAAAAGACGGUUUGGAUCGCUUUCUGACAUCAUGGAAAUCUCAUGGGGACCCUGGUUCUGGAGACUUAACAUUGCGGAUGGAACGUAGAGGGUUUCCGCAGUUGAUUCUGUACAAAGGUCGAGUCCCGUGGUGGCGUAUGGGGUCGUGGACCGGGCAUAGGUGGAGCGGUGUGCCUGAAAUGCCAAUAGGGUAUAUCUUCAAUAACUCGUUUGUGAAUAAUGAGGACGAAGUAUCCUUCACUUACGGUGUGACAGAUGCUUCAGUCAUAACAAGAACCAUGGUGAACGAGACUGGAACCAUGCACCGGUUCACAUGGAUUGCGAGGGACAAGAGAUGGAAUGAUUUCUGGUCAGUUCCUAAAGAGCAGUGCGAUAACUACGCUCAUUGUGGACCUAACGGUUACUGUGAUCCCCCUAGCUCAAAAACGUUUGAGUGCACAUGCCUACCUGGUUUUGAGCCCAAGUUUCCCCGGCAUUGGUUCUUGAGGGACUCUUCUGGCGGGUGCACAAAGAAAAAAAGAGCUUCAAUAUGCAGUGAGAAAGACGGGUUUGUGAAGUUAAAGCGCAUGAAGAUUCCUGACACGUCAGAUGCAAGUGUGGAUAUGAACAUAACAUUGAAGGAGUGCAAACAGAGGUGCUUGAGGAACUGCUCUUGUGUUGCUUAUGCAAGUGCUUACCACGAGAGUAAAAGAGGAGCAAUAGGAUGCUUGACAUGGCACAGUGGUAUGUUGGAUGCGAGGACAUACUUGAGCUCCGGACAAGAUUUCUACAUACGUGUAGACAAGGAAGAGUUAGCGCUGUGGAACAGAAAGGGCUUAUCAGGGAAGAGGAGAGUCCUUCUGAUUCUUAUCAGUUUGGUUGCAGCAGUAAUGUUACUAACUGUCAUUUUGUUCUGUGUCAUAAGGGAGCGACGAAAGUCAAACAGGCAUAGAAGCUCUUCGGCAAACUUCGCCCCAGUCCCUUUCGAUUUUGAAGAAUCAUUCAGAUUUGAGCAAGACAAGGCGAGAAACCGGGAGUUACCUUUCUUUGAUCUUAACACGAUCGCUGCAGCAACGAAUAACUUCUCUUCCCAAAACAAGCUUGGAGCAGAGAUCAUAACCGGAAAGAAAAACAGUGCUUUCCACGAGGAAUCAUCUAACUUAGUCGGACAUAUUUGGGAUCUAUGGGAAAACGGUGAAGCAACACAGAUCAUAGACAAGUUAAUGGACCAAGAGAGUUAUGAUGAGAGCGAAGUGAUGAAGUGCAUACACAUUGGGUUGCUCUGUGUGCAAGAAAACGCUUCGGACAGAGUCGACAUGUCCUCUGUUGUUAUCAUGUUGGGUCAUAACGCCACUAAUCUUCCGAAUCCGAAGCAUCCUGCGUUUACUUCCGCGAGGAGGAGAGGCGGCGAAAAUGGUGCUUGUCUCAAGGGAAAAACCGGUAUUUCUGUUAAUGAUGUUACCUUCACUGACAUUCAAGGUCGUUAAAAUAACUUCCAAAUAUUUUACAAUGAAUUUUUUUUGACAAU